AUGAAACAAGAAAAAAAUAUUAUUGUCUUCACUCAACAAGACUUUUAAUCUAAUUUCUUAGUCAACCCUAAUCCUCCUUUAGGUUCAGGACAUGAUGCUAAAGUCUAUUUGGCUAUGCAUAAGCGAACUGGAGAAAUGUUUGCCCUCAAAGUACUUACUUCAAUUACACCAGACCAUCUCAAUAAUCUCCAGGUUUUUUUUGUAUUUAUUUAGUGAACGAAAUUAAAAUACUUAAAUUAAUAGAUCAUCCAGGUAUUGUUUAAUUGAAAGGACAUGCUCAAGAUUUUACUUGUGCAUUAUUAGAGUAUAUGCCUCACGACACAUUUCUUAGAAUUUUGAAAAAAGGUCCAUUUCAUAUAUCUCUAGCUAAAACACUUGCUUGUCAUCUUAUUCAUAUAUUAGCAACUCUUCAUAAUCAUCAAGUAGCUCAUUGUGACAUUAAGCCUGAAAAUAUACUUAUAGCCGCAAAUUAUCAAAUAAAAUUAUGUGAUUUUGGAUUUGCUCGAAUAACUUAGUAAUUGUCAAGACCUCCUGGUGGAACACCUGGUUAUACAGCACCAGAAAUUUAUAAAGGAAAUAAUUUAGAUUUAUUUAAAUGUGAUAUAUUUGCUUUAGGAGUUGUCAUAUUUAUUAUAGUAAUGGGUUUUCCACCUUUUUAAAGUAAUGAUCCUACUUUAAGAGAUUAAUGGUGGAAUAUGAUAUUGACUAAAUAAUAUGACAUUUUUUGGAAGAAAUGUGAAUAAUAUAAAUAACAAAAAUAUCCUUAAGAAUUUAAGGAUAUGAUUAUGCAAAUGUUGGAUCCUGAUCCUGAUAAAAGGAUUAGUAUUGACUAAUUAAUUCAGCAUUCUUUUUUAUAAAAUGGAGCAUCACAUGAACAAAUCGUUUAAGAAGUUCAAAAGAGAGUAAAAAAAUGA